CGCAGCAAGCGCCAGUGUCCACUGCGAGAGGAAGAGAGCUGAGCGCCUGUUCUCCCCAUCUCUACUUGUCUUCGUGGUCCUUGAAACCUAGCUUUAGCCCUUCCAUUGAGGAGAAAAAGUGAGCAUCUGCCAAUGGCUGCUGUGACGGCAUCGCACCUCGUCUUAAAGAGCUCUUAUGGCAAGAAUGGGGGAGUACUCGAAUCGGAGCCGAAAAUGUUCCAGAACAGAAGGAUUCCAUACUUGAGGAAUGAGUCCACCGCUUACCAUGGGCUGAGAUCUCAAAAUAUGGUGGAUUUGCUUCAGAUGAAGAGCAGCGCAAGAGCAACAUCGAGGCAAGCUAAGGGUCAUGCUAACUGUAGGCCCCGGGCUGUCGUCGUAUGUGGAAGUGGGAUGAGUAUAAUCUUUGUGGGAGCUGAGGUGGCUCCAUGGAGCAAGACUGGGGGGCUUGGUGAUGUUCUUGGAGGACUUCCCCCGGCAAUGGCGGCAAAUGGACACCGAGUCAUGACUGUUUCACCACGUUAUGAUCAAUACAAGGAUGGAUGGGAUGCCAAUGUUUUGGUUGAGCUAAAAGUUAGGGAUCGAACUGAAAUUGUUCGCUUCUUCCACUCUUAUAAAAGAGGAGUUGAUCGGGUUUUUGUUGAUCAUCCUGCAUUUCUUGAGAAGGUUUGGGGAAAAACUGGCGGAAAAAUAUAUGGCCCCGUCACUGGAACAGAUUAUCAGGACAACCAGCUACGGUUCAGCCUCUUGUGCCUGGCAGCUUUGGAAGCUCCAAGAGUACUGAAUCUCAACAACAGCGAAUAUUACUCGGGACCAUAUGGGGAAGAUGUUGUCUUUAUUGCUAAUGAUUGGCACACUGGUCCUCUUCCAUGCUACUUAAAGAGCAUGUACAAAUCGCAUGGUAUUUACAAGAGUGCCAAGGUUGCUUUCUGCAUUCACAAUAUUGCCUACCAGGGGCGCUUCGGCUUAUCGGAUUUUGCAGUUCUCAACCUCCCAGAUAAAUUUAAAUCUUCAUUUGAAUUUAUUGAUGGGUAUGACAAACCUGUGAAAGGAUGGAAAAUAAACUGGAUGAAAGCUGGAAUACUAGAAUCAGACAGGGUUGUAACUGUGAGCCCAUAUUAUGCCCAAGAGCUUGUUUCGGGGGUAGAAAAGGGUGUUGAGUUGGAUAACAUUAUACGCAUGACCGGCAUCACUGGAAUAGUAAAUGGAAUGGAUGUUCUGGAGUGGAAUCCAAUGACCGACAAAUAUAUCUUUGUCAACUAUGAUGCAACAACUGUAAUGGAUGCAAAGCCUUUAAAUAAGGAAGCUCUACAAGCUGAGGUUGGGUUGCCUGUAGAUCGAAACAUCCCUGUCAUAGCUUUCAUUGGAAGACUAGAAGAGCAGAAAGGCUCAGAUAUUCUAGCAGCAGCCAUCCCAGAAUUCAUUAAUGAAAAUGUUCAAGUAAUUGUACUAGGAACUGGCAAGAAGAAUCUGGAGCGUCAGCUUGUGGAUUUAGAAGAUAUGUUUCCAGACAAGUUCAGAGCAAUUAUAAAAUUCAAUGUUGCCUUGGCUCAUGAGAUAAUGGCAGGAGCUGAUAUUCUAGUACUUCCGAGUAGAUUCGAACCAUGUGGUCUUAUUCAGUUACAAGGCAUGCGAUAUGGAUUGACACCAGCAUGUGCCACCACUGGUGGACUUGCUGACACAGUGAAAGAAGGCUUCACUGGAUUUCAUAUGGGUGACUUCAGUGUUGAGUGCGAUGUUGUUGAUCCUGCUGAUGUGAAAAAAGUUGUGACGACUGUGAAGAGGGCUCUUGCAAUGUAUGGAACACCUGCUUUCGCUGAGAUGAUUCAGAACUGCAUGGCCCAAGACUUCUCCUGGAACGGACCUGCAAAGAAGUGGGAGCAGUUGCUUCUGAGCUUAGAGGUUGCUGGCAGUGAACCUGGAAUUGAUGGAGAGGAAAUUGCUCCUCUUGCGAAGGAAAAUGUGGCCGCUCCCUGAAAGCAAGAUUAUCUUUUUUUGCAGUGUUUCGGUAGCCUAGGGUCCUGUAUAAACUAACGUCAUCGUGAAACUCUUAAGUGUGCUAGUGCAUGUUUUAUCUAUGUUUGGACGAGAGAGAGGGAGAAGAGCUUGGGUGUGAUGGGAGUUUCAAAUGACUGAAUAAAUGCUCGGGUGCCUUCUAUUCUCUUGUUCUUGCGAGUAUCAGUAAUAGCGGUGGUUCUGGA